AUGAAAAUGCUGUGCUGGAGAAUGGCACUGUGGCUGGCCGGGUGGACUGUCUGUGGGAAGAUUUCCUCCUGCUCUGGCCUUGACUAUGACUACACUUACGAUUUCACUGAGGAGGAUAAAGCUGAGGAGAUAGAUUAUAAGGAUCCUUGCAAAGCCGCUGUCUUUUGGGGAGAUAUUGCCUUAGAUGAUGAAGACUUAAAAAUCUUUCAAAUUGACAGGACGAUUGACCUCACGCAGCACUCCAAUGAAAGACUUGGCCACAACACAGGUGGCUUUGGAGAGCAUGGAAUGUCAAAAAAACGAGGUGCCCUCUAUCAGCUUAUAGACAGGAUAAGAAGAUUUGGCUCUGGCUUUGAGCAAAAUAAUACAUCUAAAGGAAGAACUACUGUAAAAUUCUCAGGAAAAAAUGAGAAAAACCGAUUCCCCAGAGCUGCUACAUCACGAACAGAAAGAAUAUGGCCAGGGGGUGUCAUUCCAUAUGUAAUAGGUGGAAAUUUCACUGGCACCCAACGCGCCAUGUUCAAACAGGCUAUGCGGCACUGGGAAAAGUACACGUGUGUUACAUUUAUUGAACGAAGCGAUGAAGAAAGUUAUAUUGUAUUUACAUACAGACCAUGUGGGUGCUGUUCUUAUGUGGGUCGAAGGGGAAAUGGUCCUCAGGCUAUAUCUAUUGGCAAGAACUGUGAUAAAUUUGGUAUAGUUGUCCAUGAGUUGGGUCAUGUGAUAGGUUUUUGGCACGAGCAUACACGACCAGACCGUGAUGACCAUGUCACUAUCAUUAGAGAAAACAUCCAGCCUGGUCAGGAGUACAACUUCUUGAAGAUGGAGCCUGGAGAGGUGAACUCCCUUGGGGAACCAUAUGACUUUGACAGCAUUAUGCACUAUGCCAGGAACACCUUCUCAAGGGGCAUGUUUCUGGAUACCAUUCUCCCUUCCCGUGAUGACAAUGGUAUACGACCUGCCAUUGGCCAGCGUACUCGUCUAAGUAAAGGAGAUAUUGCACAGGCAAGAAAGCUGUAUAGAUGUCCAGCUUGUGGAGAAACACUGCAAGAAUCUACAGGCAACUUUUCUUCUCCAGGAUUUCCAAAUGGCUAUCCUUCCUACACACACUGCAUAUGGAGAAUCUCUGUGACCCCGGGAGAGAAG